CUUCCCUAGUACUUUUUCCUAGUGAGGUACGAUGUCAUCAGUGCGAUUCACAGUGACACCCACUAAGGCGGAAGACCUGCCGGGGCUGUCGGACACCUCGCCCGACAUCAGCUCCCGCUCCAGCGGCCGAGUGCGCUUCGACUCUAGGGAGAGCAUCAACCCGAGUGACCCAUUCAGCGAGGCGUCUGGGGGCGGCGGGACGACUGCUGCCAACGCAGGAAGCGGAGGGGGCGAAACGCCGGACCACAGCAACAUAGAAGAUGACGGAAAUUCUAAAAUCUCCAGUGUGUACUUGAACAACACUCGCAGCGUGGACGAGGAUGACUUCUAUGACAAAAACCUGGCCUUAUUCGAGGAGGAGAUGGACACUCGGCCGAAGGUGUCAUCUCUGCUCAGUCGCCUUGCAAACUACACCAACCUGACGCAGGGUGCCAGGGAGCACGAGGAGGCCGAGAGCAUCAGUGAGAAGAAGAAACCAAGAAAGUCACCUCAGAUGGGCACAUUUAUGGGCGUCUACCUCCCAUGUCUGCAGAACAUCUUUGGGGUCAUCUUGUUCCUGCGGUUGACGUGGGUGGUGGGAACUGCCGGGGUUCUGCAGGGCCUCUGUAUCGUCUUCAUAUGCUGCUGCUGUACACUGCUGACAGCCAUAUCCAUGAGUGCAAUUGCCACUAAUGGAGUCGUACCAGCGGGAGGCUCCUACUUCAUGAUCAGUCGCUCACUGGGUCCAGAGUUUGGGGGGGCGGUGGGCUUGUGCUUCUACUUGGGCACCACCUUCGCCGGAGCCAUGUACAUCCUCGGAGCCAUCGAGAUCCUUCUGAUGUACAUCGCACCUCAAGCAGCCAUCUUUUCCCCCAGCGAGCCCAACGGUGAAGAAGCAGCCAUGUUGAACAACAUGAGGGUUUAUGGCUCCACCUGUCUCCUCCUCAUGUCCCUGCUGGUGUUUGUAGGCGUAAAAUACGUCAACAAACUGGCCUCCAUCUUCUUGGCCUGCGUCAUCGUUUCCAUCCUUUCCAUCUACAUCGGGGCACUGGUCUCCGCCUUUAAGCCCCCUCACUUCCCUGUGUGCAUGCUGGGAAAUCGACCAUCAACGCAUGUUCUCCAGGAUGAUCUUUGUGCAAAAACCGUGCUGCUGCAGACAAGCGAGGUGGCGGAUAGGCAAUAUACCAACUUCACUUUAGCCAGCGAAAACGACACAGUUGGGCCGACCUUUGACCCAGGCCAUGGUCCAGGUCCUGCAGAGAUAUCCACAUCACUGUGGCUCCAGUUUUGUGAGGGUCCAGAACUCAACUCUUCCUGCGCCGACUAUUUUGUGAUCAACAAUCUCUCCAAUAUAGAAGGAAUCCCCGGCCUGGCCAGUGGGAUCAUUUCAGAGAACCUGUGGAGCCACUACCUCAGUAAAGGGGAGAUAGUGGAGAAACCCUCCCUGAACGCCUCCCACAUCAUCCAACCGCUGUCCAGCCAUCAGCCUUAUGUGUUCACUGACAGCACCACCUCCUUUAUGCUAUUGGUGGGCAUUUUCUUCCCCUCUGUCACAGGAAUCAUGGCAGGUUCCAACCGUUCAGGGGAUCUAAAGGAUGCUCAGCUCUCAAUCCCGAUUGGAACCAUCCUGGCCAUCCUCACCACCUCCAUCGUCUAUCUGACCAGCGUCCUUUUGUUUGGAGCCUGCAUUGACGGCGUUGUCCUCAGAGAUAAGUUUGGAGACUCUGUCAAAGGGAACCUGGUGGUGGGAACUCUGGCUUGGCCCUCCCCUUGGGUUAUUGUGAUUGGUUCCUUCUUCUCAACAUGUGGUGCAGGCCUCCAGUCGCUGACUGGUGCUCCUCGCCUCCUGCAGGCAAUCGCCAAGGACAAUAUCAUCCCCUUCCUCAGGGUGUUUGGUCACGGGAAGGCUAACGGGGAGCCCACCUGGGCCCUGCUGCUGACGGCCCUCAUAGCUGAGCUGGGGAUCGUUAUUGCCUCUCUGGAUCUGGUGGCUCCCAUCCUGACAAUGUUCUUUCUGAUGUGUUACCUGUUUGUCAACCUGGCGUGCGCCCUGCAGACGCUACUGAGGACGCCCAACUGGAGGCCUCGCUUCUCCUACUAUCACUGGACUUUGUCGUUUUUGGGGAUGAUUAUCUGCCUGGCGCUCAUGUUCAUCUCCUCGUGGUACUAUGCAAUUGUUGCUAUGGUGAUCGCUGGCAUGAUCUACAAGUACAUUGAAUACCAUGGAGCGGAAAAGGAGUGGGGGGAUGGAAUCCGCGGGCUCUCGCUCAGUGCUGCCCGCUACGCCCUCCUGAGAUUGGAAGAAGGACCACCACACACCAAAAACUGGAGGCCCCAGGUCUUAGUCUUGCUGAAACUGGACGAGGACGCUCACGUCAAAUCCCCUCGCCUGCUGACUUUUGCCAGCCAGCUGAAGGCAGGAAAGGGUCUGACUAUCGUGGGCACCGUCGUGUCCGGGAACUUUUUACAGAGUUAUGGAGAGGCUCUUGCUGCAGAACAGACUCUGAAGCACCUGAUGGAGAAGGAGCGUGUGAAGGGCUUCUGUCAGUGCAUCGUGGCCCAGAAGCCCCGUGAAGGCAUCAGUCACAUGAUCCAGUCCAGCGGCCUGGGCGGGAUGAAGCCUAACACCGUGGUGAUGGGGUGGCCUCACGCCUGGAGGCAGAGCGAGGACCCGCAGGCUUGGAAAACCUUCAUCAACACAGUGCGGGUGACCACAGCAGCCCAUCUGGCCCUGUUGGUGCCCAAAAACAUCUCUCUCUUCCCCAGCAACAGUGAGCCGUGCACUGAGGGCUACAUCGACGUGUGGUGGAUUGUGCACGAUGGAGGGAUGCUGAUGCUGCUGCCCUUCCUGCUGCGCCAGCACAAAGUUUGGCGGAAGUGUGGGAUGCGAAUCUUCACAGUGGCCCAGAUGGAGGAUAAUUCCAUCCAGAUGAAGAAGGACCUGGCAACAUUUCUCUAUCACCUUCGCAUUGAGGCUGAUGUAGAAGUCGUUGAGAUGCAUGACAGUGAUAUCAGUGCAUACACAUAUGAAAGGACGCUGAUGAUGGAACAAAGGUCCCAGAUGCUCAGACAGAUGCGACUGUCCAAGUCCGACCGGGAGAAAGAGGUGUAUCUUUCCCCCAUGUACAGGAGUGCCGGAGUCCACACAGCAAACCAGUUCAGAAGAAGCAGAGGCAGACAGGCUCAGCUGGUGAAGGAUCGCAACUCCAUGCUGCGGCUGACGAGCAUCGGCUCAGAUGACGACGAUGACACUGAUGCCGGGGAGCGGGAGAGUGCGACCAGCGGCAGCUCCUCAGCCGAGCAUAAUCGCCGCGUUCAGAUGACCUGGACCAAAGAGAAGGGCUCACAUUACCGAACCCACAACUCCGGCUGCUCCACGCCAGAGGGCUUCAGAGACAUGCUGAGCAUCAGGCCGGACCAUUCCAACGUCCGGCUGAUGCACACUGCCGUCAAACUCAAUGAGGUCAUUGUCAACAAAUCCCACGAUGCUCGGCUUGUCCUGCUGAACAUGCCAGGCCCACCCAAGAACACAGAGGGAGACGAGAACUACAUGGAGUUCCUAGAGGUUCUGACAGAGGGACUGGAGCGUGUCCUGCUGGUCAGAGGUGGAGGAAGUGAAGUCAUAACCAUUUACUCUUGACUGGACAAGAGGCUUUAAAAAAUUGGCCAGUCAUGCAGAAAUAACUGAAGGCCAACCUCCGGGUAGGGGAGGGAUUGCUUCUCCGUCCAACAACACAAAGACUUGUCAUUGACAUUGGUUGCAGCGUCUGCCAUUAAGCUCCGUCUCCUCACAUCCUUUGUUCUCUUGAUUUUCAUUUUUAUACUUUAUUGCAAGUGUUCCAGCCAUCACAGUUUGUUGAGUUAUCCAGGCAUGAGUGUGAUCAGCUCUGCGCGCAUCUGUCUGUGAAAGUUGUUUACCUGUUAGCGCUUCGGUAUGAGCGAGUGCCAUCGUGCAGCGUACAUCUGAAUGUGAAUUAUAUUUGUCAAGAGCGCAAGGACGCGAUGCGUCAUUCCGCUGAUUAGACUCAGGGUUGCUUGUUGCAUGGAAUGUAUUUUGGCAACAGAUGUGUGUCCUGACUGUUGUGUUUUCAAAAAGUUCUUUUUUCUUCUUUUUUUUUUAAAUCAGUGUUUUUUUGAGGAUGAGGUAAAAAAUGUAGGUAUUAGCUGAGUUCAAAGUCGCUGUUUUAGCAACAGAUUACUUUUAAUUUUAUAAUAAGUAUUAAAAAAUAACUGAGUCAUCAGUGAAAUUAAAAUACAGCUCAUAAAAUUUGCAAAGAAUUUUUUUUUUUUUUUUUUUACUGUAUUGUUUGAGUUUUGGUUCAGGUGGGGUAGAAGCUGAACUGGUUAAAAAAUAUCAAAAGCAUGGUUAUAAAUCUGUCUAUGUUCUUUUAUUUAUGAAUUUUAAUGAAGCCAACUAAUCUUAUUCUGUUUUAUUCACACUUUUUCUCCACCUCAAGUUGUAUUUCAACACUACAUAAAAAUUAGAAAAGAGAUGCUGCAGUAAAGGUAGAAAUGUCAGUUUAAAAAAUAAAAAAAAUACAAAUUACCGUAUUUUCUGGACUAUAUGUCGCACCGGAGUAUUAGUCACAUCUGCCAAAACGUGUUGUGUUCGAGUUUCUAAGAACUCAUGGAGGCUGCUUCUUGUCUCCACUAAACAGCUGAAAAUGUAUUUGUGAAGCUAAGUAUGUACACUGUUAUUAAAUGUAAAUAAGCUUUUUAAAAACAUUGUAGUUAGCCUUACUUUAGCCUAGCCAUCCCACAGAAUGCAAACAAGUCAAACACUGAGUAGUUUGAAAGUAAUUCCCUCUGAUUUACAAGCAUGUAGUCUUUCAGAUUGUGAGCGUGCUUUCUUGAUUUUGCAUGUCCUCUUAUGACCAAUCACGUCCUCAUCAUUUAGGUUUUCUUCUUUUAUAGCAGUUUUCAUCCACCUUAAUGGUGCAUUAUUGCCACCUUCUGUUCUCGAGUGUGGAUUAGACGGUACCUCAUUCACAUCAGUAUAGAGGAGCAGCUGGACUUGCGUAAAGACAGUUUUAUCUUCUGAUUAUACAUCAUAAUGUAGUAUUUGUUGACACGUCACUUUGAAAUAUAAUUUGCAGAAUCAACCGAACGAGU